UUAAUUAUUGUCAAACACAGAUGAGUGACCCAAGUAGAAAACAUUUUACUUUUGCAGAUAGUAGGGAACCGUGGAGAUAUUUAAUAUGAUGCAUCAUUGUAUCCUUGAUAGAACCUAAUUUUCCACAAGCCUAGUUUGAAUCUGGAGAUGAAUAAUGGGACAGAAGCAAAAAAUACACCUUAGGCUAUGGAAACAAUGCAAAUAGUUUUUCACAAAAGGACAGUGGUAAGGAGAUUUCAAUUUUUAAGUGACUCUGAAGUAUACCAUGUCAGUCUCAGUGGUUACUUUAAAAGAAUGCCGGAAAUGAGUUGGCUGUUAUAUUGACCCCUUAACCACAUGAUAUGAUUUUUCAGAUAGCUUGUAAGAAUAUGCCUGAGCCACAAUGGAUACUCUUUAACCCAUAUCAUAAUUUCCUCCUUUUCCCCAACCACGUGUAAAAGACAAUUCAGAACUGUCACGUAAAUGUUACCUUCUGACGAACCACUGAAAAAAUUUCCAGGACCAUACUUUAAGAAAGAUGCUUUCGAGGGAUUCCCUCGACUAGCCAAAAGUGAAGUCUUAUCUGACACUAUCUUGGCUAAAUAUACACAGCCUGUGAUGACGAAAUAAAAAAAUUCAAGACCAGGUAUAAAUACCACUGACAGUCAGAUGAAGUUCACUCAUCUCCUUUCUUCUAAUAGAAGAUACAACUAUUAGAAGUUAAAGCUCAUUACUCUUAGAUCUGACAUCUCCCAGAAGUUACCUGAGCAUAUUAACUGAACCAUCACCAAGAAAAUGACUUGCCAGACCUACUGCUUGUUUGUUCUCUCUGUCAUCGCCAUUUAUUUUGGAUGUUCGGGAAGUGCUCUAUUUCUUAGUCAACUUCAACAUGACAUAGACAAACUGAAAGCUGACUUUAACGCAAGUAAUUCAGAUGUAGCUGAUGGCAAUCCUGUUUUUAUAGAGAAACUGAAAAACUGGACAGAGAGAAAUGAAAAGAAGAUCAUACUGAGCCAGAUUGUUACCCUGUACUUGGAAAUGUUAAAGAAAACUGACAUGUCAAAGCCACACAUCAAAAACCUAUCUGAGCAGCUCAAUACUCUGAGAGACACCCUUUCUGAUGACUAUAAGAAGUUCAAAGACCUUGUGGACCUGUCAAACCUUCAGCUGACUGGCUUGAAAAUCCAACGCAAGGCUGUGAGUGAGCUGUUCAGUGUCUUGCAGAAACUGCUGGAGACUUCGACUCUCAAAAGGAAAAGGAGCCAGUCUUCAAAGAGAUGCAGAUGUUAAUGACAUCAUAUGGCCCUUUGUACUGAAUUAUUUUACAAAUUUUAUGAUGCACAGUUUUUUAUUUUUUAUCUUUGUAUUGAGCUUUUUAUAAAUUUAUUUAUUAAUAUUUAAGUAUUUUAAAUAAUUAUUUAUAAAGAAACACCAAUCAAAGUAUUUAUACCUCCUACUGCUAUGUAAGAAAUUAUUUUGUCUUAAAAUUCUGUCUAUCUGUUACGUGUCUGUUGAUCUGAAAUUACAGAAUGAGGUGAUGUUUACCCAGUUUCCUUAUGGAAAUACUGAACUGACGUGGUACCCAGGUAUCCAAGUAGUGUUGUCCUGAUCAGUCUCAUCUUUCACUUAUUUGAGGCACCAAGCCGGGAAAGUUUCUGUACUCAGGAAAACACAUGCAUAUCUGUUUAGCUCUAAGCAUAUCUAAAUCCAAAUCAUGCAAAUAGACAUGCUUAGAGAUGAGCAAAAUGCUGGAGCACUUUUCUGAACUGGGGCUUUGGUGAUUUAUUGCUGAUAAUUAUUGUUAUGCACUGAAAUGACUAAGAGGACAGGCUACUUGGCAGCUCCAGGAAAUGUGACUAACUCUAUUGCACUGACUUCAACUCACUGAUUAUGAUUUUUUUUUUUUUUUUUUGUAUUGAAUCAUCUAAAUGUGUCUGAUGUCAAUUUAUUUAUUUGGAGGUAGCAGUAUGGAUGUUUUUAU